UCUCUUCAUAACUCAUGUACUUCCCCAACCUUUGAAACCAACUCAAAGUCUUCUCUUUAUCUAUAUCUUCCUCUCAUCACAUACAGCAGCACAUAACAGCAAAUAGAAAUGGUGAACAUAAGCAACGCAAUGGGCGCGCUUCGCAUUCGAAUCAAACGUGGUAUAGAUCUCGCCAUUCGUGAUGCUACGAGCAGCGAUCCCUAUGUCAUCGUUCUUCUUGAUCAACAGAAACUCAAGACUCGUACCAUCAAGAAAUCUCUUAAUCCAGUAUGGGAUGAAGACCUCACUCUUUGUGUUACUAAUCCAAAUGAACCACUUAAACUUUUUGUUUAUGACUAUGAUAUAUUCUCGCCGGACGAUCGAAUGGGAGAGGCAGAGAUUGAUUUGAGGCCGUUCUUAGAGGUAGUUAAGUGGAAUCUUAAAGGCGUUUCUAAUGGAACCAUUGUCACACAAGUCAAACCAAACAGGCAUAACUGCAUCGCGGAGGACAGCCCCAUAGUCUUCAGUGAUGGUAAAGUCACACAGAACAUAUUCCUCCGACUACGCAAUGUUGAGAGUGGUGAAAUUGAACUUCAAUUGAAUUGGAUUGAUCUGCCUACUUCUAGAGUUGCGUAAUUCUUGUCGCCGUGUAUAGUGGUCUUCUAGUACAUAACUAUGUUCUCGUGUAAUGUGGUAUUUGAAUUUUGUAGAUCUCAUGUAUAAAAACAUUACUUCAUUCUUUAAUUUGUUUUUCAAUGAAAGACAAAUUAUAGUCUUCUCUCAAGCGAAAUUGUACACUAAUUGAUGUACGCACUUUUGGUAAAUGAGAAAAGUUGUUAUUUAACAACGUUUAAUA